AUGUAUAGGGUAAACUUAGAUACGUCAGCUCAAGCUGAACAGUCCGCUCGAGCUCAGAAGGGUGACUCAGUGCUUCCGAUCUUCCGAUUCAGUUCCGAUGAUGGCAAUAUCCUCCUUGUCAGACGUUCAUACUUCACAAAACCCCAAAGUUUGCUUCCUCAUUCUGCCUUAGAUUUCAAGAUGCUCCACCGCGGCAAGAGCGCCAUGGUCGUCCCACCUGAGACGAUCUCUUCUGAGGGGAAAGUCAUUGUGGAAUUUGCGUCCGGAUUGAAUAGUGAUGAUGAACAGUUGGAGGCUAUGGGACAUGUGCAGGAGUUACGCCGUAAUUUCUCUAUUUGGUCGAUCGUAGCCCUCCAGAUUUCUUUGAUGGCUACCUGGGAGGCACUCUCUACCGUGGUAUCUGCGGCAUUGACCAGUGGGGGAGCUCCGUAUUUGUUCUGCAACUAG